CCUACGCUACCUAAACUGGCCUGGGCCGGCACACCAUUUUUCCAAUCAGAAGCUUCCCAUCAGACCUUACUUGGUCAAAUCCUUCAGGUAGCUUUCUACGAUGGGAAGAUGUGAAAUGCAUACCAAUUUAUACAAAUAGAUUGCUUCCACGUCUCUCUGUCUCUCUGCAAAAUGGCUUUACAUCUCUCUCCAAGCUUCUGCCUAUUCACCGUCACCAUAAUCUUCAUCAUAGUCCAUGUUCCAGCAUCUGUGUCAGCCACUUAUGCGAAAUAUGAAAAUUGCAGCGCCCCUUUUCACUGUGCAAACUUGGAGAAUGUUUCAUAUCCCUUCUGGGGAGCGAGUAGGCCAGAGUAUUGCGGCCACCCGGGUUAUGAAUUGGACUGCGCUGGCGAGUUCGCGGAGGUUACCAUCUUGAAGAUAGACUACAAAGUGCUUGAAGUCAAUUACAGUUCUCGGACUCUCACUGUUGCUAUGGAAGAUUACUGGGAUAACAUUUGUCCCUUAAAGCUUGUAGACGGUUCUAUAGAUUUCAGCCUCUUUAAUUAUACUUCUGAUACAGAAAACAUAACGCUGUACUAUCGUUGCCCUGCUCUGUUGGAAGAUAUUUCGGCCGAGCUGCUUCCCUUUCAGUUUAACUGCAGCUCGGCAGAUAAAAACCCCUAUAAUUUCUUUUCCAUAUGGGACAGCGAUAGAGUCAAUAGUAGCAUGACUGAAGCCAUUUGUAGUUACCUCAGCAGUUGUGAUACCAAAGUUACGAUUUCGGUGGGACAAACAACAUUUACGGCCAUAGAGAGAAAUCCAACUUUGGUGAAUCUGAUGGAAGCUCUUAGGGAGGGUUUUGGGUUGCAAUGGUUCAUAAAUGAUAGAUUGUGUGACCAAUGUCAAGGUUCAGGUGGGCUGUGUGGAUAUGACUCUGAUACUCGCAGUUUCACUUGCCAUUGUCCUGAUAAGCCUUAUCCAGAACAUUGUCCUUCUAAAGAUAAAGGGGAAAAGAAAGCAAAAUCUCUUAAAGCAGUCAUUGGCGUAGCAGUUGCAAGUGGAGUUGUCGCUAUAGGUCUGUUAUGCUUUUGUAUAUUCAUCGUUCUUCGGAGGAGGAAAAGUGUAGCCCAGUACAAUGGCAGAUACCUUCAAACUCUUCCGUCAGGCACAAGCUCAACCAGUACAUCAAUGAGUUUUUCUAAAAGCAUCUCUACUUAUCCCUCCUCAAAAUCUGACCUUGCAAAGGAGAGCACCUACUUUGGAGCUCAGGUCUUCAGCUACGCUGAACUCGAAGAAGCUACCAACAAUUUCGACUCUUCCAAAGAGCUCGGAGAUGGCGGCUUUGGAAUUGUUUAUUACGGUGUACUCAAGGACGGGCGUUCAGUUGCUGUAAAGCGCUUGUAUGAGAGCACUGUCAAACGAGUCGAGCAGUUCAAGAACGAAAUUGAGAUCCUAACUCGCUUGCGCCAUCGAAAUCUUGUGGCCCUCUAUGGCUGCACCUCCAGACAUAGCCGGGAACUUCUUCUUGUUUAUGAAUACAUUCCCAAUGGAACAGUGGCGGAUCAUCUCCAUGGAAAUCGAUCAAAGUCAGAUUCGCUCAGUUGGUCUAUUCGGAUGAACAUUGCCAUAGAAACAGCCGAGGCACUGGCCUUCCUCCAUGCCUCGGAUGUCAUACACCGCGAUGUCAAAACCAACAACAUUCUUCUCGACAACAGAUUUCAUGUAAAGGUAGCAGAUUUUGGGCUGUCAAGAUUUUUCCCAACUAAUGUUACCCAUGUGUCAACGGCUCCACAAGGAACACCGGGUUAUGUCGAUCCUCAGUAUUAUCAAUGCUACCAACUGACUGAAAAGAGCGAUGUUUAUAGCUUCGGAGUAGUCUUAAUUGAGCUCAUAUCAUCCUUAGAAGCUGUGGACACUAACAGGCACAGAGAUGAUAUAAAUUUAGCAAGCAUGGCUAUUAACAGAAUCCAGAACCGUGCGCUGAACGAACUAAUCGAUCCAUAUAUUGGAUUCGAACAGGAUUAUGCUGUAAGAAAUAUGGUAACAUCAGUGGCGGAAUUGGCUUUCAGGUGUUUGCAGCAAGAUAGAGAAGACAGGCCUUCAAUGCAAGAAAUUUUACAGCUUUUGAAAGAGAUUCAGAAUCAACAGCUUGGUGCACAGAAAGCAGAAAUUGUGGAUUUUUACAGUACCGAUGAUGUUGUGCUGUUGAAGAACGUCCCUCCGCCGCUUUCAUCACCAGACUCCGGUGGUAAUGAUAAAUGGAUGAAGAUUAGAACACUGUGACCAAAGUUUUGCUGAUGAAGAGGACAGUGGAACUUGAGUUCAGGUUUGAUGCCAGUAAAUUUAGUAAUUUCUUGAGGUCUUUUUCCCUUUUACUUAUUUAUUUAUCGUUGAAUAUUUUAUAAUUAAUACAACUUUCCUUAUAGGGCAUUUCAUAA